CAGUCACCCGGCAAGCGAGCGACGCACGCUGUCCAGCAUUAACAAUGUCGACCGGCAUGCAAACCCAACAAAAAUGGCGCGAAUUUCUCGACAUAUACAGAGAAAAUACCUGUCUAUGGGACGUCCACAGCAGUUUAUACAUGCGGAGGGAUCUAAGGAACGCGUCUUACAAUGUUUUAUUGGAAAAAUAUAGAGAAAUCGACCCGGACGCCACGCUGGAUAUGGUAAAGAAAAAGAUUGAUACCUUCCGUACCGGCUAUAGAAGAGAAGUUAAAAAAAUGGAAGAAUGUUCACUAAAUUCUCCGCCGGAUUUUGAAUACAAGCCGACUCUGUGGUAUUUUGACAAGAUGACUUUUCUGGAUUAUCAAGGAGAUAAUUCUGAUGUUAAAGAUUCAUAUGAAUCGGAUGACCAGCAGGGUGUUGAGUAUAUCGAUAUCCCCGACGAAUAUCCAGAAGAAGAUGACCCAGAUCCAGUAGUAAAGUACAGACUCAAGUCGAGAAACCUCGACUCUAUGCGUCGCCCACGGCCCUCUCACAAACCAUACGAAAGAAAAGUACAGAACAGCGGCAGCAACCAGCCGUCCUGCUCUAACGAAGCUGAAGAUGACUGCGCCACCUACUGCUCAAAUCUGAAACUACAAAUGAGAGGAUUGGACACGCAGCAGAAGUUCAUUGCGCAGAAACUAAUUUCUGACGUGAUUUUUUUGGCUAGGACGUCGCAACUUACUUUGGAUUCGUCUAUUCUUGUAAAUAGUGAUAAUUAGUAGCUGUGAUUUAAACGGAGACCCAAUUGUAUUACAAUCAUUAAAAGGAUUUUGUAAAAGUAAAUUCUGGCAUGACAGUGUCUCGCCGUGACAUAGA